AUAAAAAAAAGGUGACAUUUUUCGCUUCCCGGUCGUCGCUAGGUCGCCAAGUAGCGACUCGAGAGUGAACGACGGCAAUAGAUGGCGAAGAAGGAGAAAUUGUGGGAAGACUGGUGCUUCGUCUGCAAAGACGGUGGUAGCUUAAUGCUCUGUGACUACAAGGACUGUCCGAAAGCUUAUCAUGCCUCUUGUGUUGACAAUUAUAAUAACUCAGCAGAAGAGAGUGACGAUUCCUAUAUCUGCGAAUGGCACAGUUGCUACUUGUGUGGGAAGAGACCGAAGCUGCUCUGUCUUUGUUGCCCACGUUCUGUAUGUGAAGGCUGUGUUAACCAUGCUGAGUUUAUUCACCUCAAACCGAAUAGAGGGUUAUGCAAUCAGUGCCAGGAGUAUGUGGUUGUUUUGGAAGAGAUUCAAAAGUAUGAUGCUGCUGGGGAUAAACUCGACCUGACAGAUACGAAUACAUUUGAGUGCCUGUUUCUCGAGUGUUGGGAGAUAGCAAAAAAGCAAGAAGAUAUCACUUUUGAAGAUGUCCUUUGCGCCAAAAGUUCACAAAGGAAAGUUACCAAGUUAAAGCACAAAGAUGCUCCCAGAUCUUCUUCACUCAAUGAUGCAGCACACACUUCAAAGUCACAUAAUCGAGUCGCCAAGCUGAACCACGCAGUUGGUCGUAAGUAUCCACUAUCUGACCACAAAGUUGAUGAUGCGGAAGAUUAUAAAACGGUGGGCAAAAACAAGAACAUGGUGUUUAUCAGAUGGGGUUCAAAGCCCCUCAUUGAUUUCCUAACAUCAAUAGGGGAAGAUACCAGAGAUGCGAUGUCAGAACGUAGCGUGGAGUCUAUUAUCAACAAAUACAUUCGUCAGGAAAACCUGCUUGAUCAUAGAAAGAAGAAGAAAGUUCGUUGCGAUGAGAAGCUGUAUUCUAUCUUCGGGAAGAGGUCUGUGAAACAAAGAAAGAUUCAUAGACUUUUAGAUGCUCACUUCAAAGACAACACUGAGGAGUUGGAAUGUAUCACACGUUCGGACCGUGGAAAGACUGAAAGGGUUUCCCAGCCGUGCAAGAAGAAGCAGAGAAUAGAAAGGUCGCAUGAGAAGGAAGUGAAACCUUAUGCCUCUUGUGUUGACAAUUAUAAUAACGCAGCAGAAGAGAGCGAUGAUUCUUAUAUCUGCGAAUGGCACAGUUGCUACUUGUGUGGGAAGAGACCUAAGCUGCUCUGUCUUUGUUGCCCACAUUCCGUAUGUGAAGGGUGUGUUACCCAUGCUGAGUUUGUUCACCUCAAACCGAAUAAAGGGUUAUGCAACCAGUGCCAGGAGUAUGUGGUUGUUUUGGAAGAGAUUCAAAAGUAUGAUACUGCUGGGGAUAAGCUCGACCUGACAGAUACAGUUACAUUUGAGUGCCUGUUUCUCGAAUGUUGGGAGAUAGCAAAAAAGCAAGAAGACAUCACUUUUGAAGAUGUCCUUCGCGCCAAAAGUUCACAAAGGAAAGUUACCAAGUUAAGGCACAAAUAUGCUCCCAGAUCUUCACUCAAUGAUUCUGCACACACUUCAAAGUCACGGAAUCAAGUCGCCAAGCUGAAGCACACAGUUGAUCGCAAGCAUUCGCUGUCUGACCACAAAGAUGCUCCCAGAUCUCCACUCAACGAUGCAUACACUUCAAAGUCACAGAAGCAAGUCGCCAAGCUGAAGCACACAGUUGAUGAUGAUGCAGAAGAUUAUAAACCGGUGGGCAAAAACAAGAACACGGUGUUUAUCAGAUGGUGUUCAAAGCCGCUCAUUGACUUCCUGACAUCAAUAGGGGAAGAUACAAGACGUGCAAUGUCACAGCACAACGUGGAGUCUGUUAUCCUCAAAUACAUACCUCAGAUAAAGAAGAAGAAAGUUCGUUGGGAUGAGAAGCUGUAUUCUAUCUUCGGGAAGGGGUCUGUGAAACAAAGAAAGAUUCAUAGACUUUUAGAUGCUCACUUCAAAGACAACCUUGAGCCGUUAGAAUGUAACACACGUUCGGACCGUGGCUUCAUUGGAAUGAGUGAAAGGGUUUCCCAGCCGUGGAAGAAGAAGCAGAGAAUAGAAAGGUCACAUGAGAAAACUUAUGAGAAGGAAGUGAAACCUCAAAUCUGGGCAACCAAGACUUGUGAGAAGGAAGUGAAACCUCAGUUUUACCCCAGACCAGGGACCCCAGCAGCAAAGAGGAAGAAGGUACAAAGUAAGAUAGCGAAGCAACGAAUCCGUGACCUAACAUGUGUCUUUGAGGCUUUUGCACCUUACACGGGAAUGGAGGGCAAAGAAGAGAGAAUAUGGAUAACCGAGACACUAAGCUCUACAAAUGUAGCAACAAAAGUCCGAGAGGAGGAGACAAAGCCGUCAUGUACCUCUGAUGUCAGUACGUGUGAGACUUGCGCAUGCUCGGCUGAGAGCUGUUGUGGAGAAGGGAAAUCAGGAGGAGAGGCCUGUAACGUUUCUGGAGAUAUCACAAAACAUGAUCACAAUGUAUUUGGCACACAACCGAACUUAGCAAAACAACAAGAGGAUGUCCUUGGUGCCAAAAGUUCACAAAGGAAAGUUACCAAGUUAAGGCACAAAGAUGUCCGCAGAUCUUCUUCACUCAAUGCUGCACACACUUCAAAGUCACAGAAGCAAGUCGCCAAGCUGAAGGACACAGUUGAUGAUGAUGCAGAAGAUUGUAAAACGGUGGAGAAAAACAAGAAUACAGUGCUUAUCAGAUGGUGUUCAAAGUCCCUUAUUGAUUUCCUAACAUCAAUAGGGGAAGAUACCAGACAUGCCAUGUCAGAACGUAGCGUGGAGUCUAUUAUCAACAAAUACAUUCGUCAGGAAAACCUGCUUGAUCAUAGAAAGAAGAAGAAAGUUCGCUGUGAUGAGAAGCUGUACUCUAUCUUCAGGAAGAGGUCUGUGAAACAAAGAAAGAUUCAUAGACUUUUAGAUGCUCACUUCACAGACAACCUUGAGCAGUUGGAACGUGGCUUCAGCGGAAAGAAUCAAAGUGUUUUCAUGCCGUGCAAGUGCAAGAAGAAGCAGAGCAUAGAAAGCUCAACUGACGAAACUUAUGACAAGGAACUGAAACCUGAUCAAACCGGUUUUGCUACGAUCAACGCAGAGGAGAAUAUAAAGCUUGUUUAUCUGCUUAGGAGCUUAGUUCUAGAGUUAUUGAAGAAGCAUAACGAGAACUUUGGGGAGAAGGUAGUGGGGACAUCAUUAGACCAUUGGAGGUGUUUUUCUCUGAUCCGACACAUACUCCCUCGAUGCAUCAUCUAUUACACUCUCUUCAUGUCGUUUUCUCUUUGCAACGGAGAUGAUACCCGAGAGACUAACAAUCGCAGUGAAAAACGAGACUACUGGGUGUUUUUAAUGGGUGUUCUCUCUGGAGUUUGUUUACGUGUCGCUGCUAAAGGUCUCAUUUGGUGCAAGAAAAUGAAGGAUGCAAAGAAUGCAAAGAAGAAGCAAAAUAAAAAGAAGAAGAACAAGAAGACAAUGAACCCAGAGAACAAGGAUCCAAAGGAUAUGGAUAUGAAUGAUCCUGGUGAAGAUGACAAGGAUAUGAAUGAUCCUGCUGAAGAUGAUGAGACUGCUCUCUCAGGAACUCAAGAUGUGCCAAAACCAGUAGAAAAGACUAAUUUGAAAAUUGGCAAGUUGGGUGUUGAGCUAGAUUCACAUGUUACAUACAGUGACGGGAUUCAAGUCUUUGAGGGUAAAUAUGAUGCUCGUAUUGUGUCCGUUAAUAGGAAGCAUCUAAAAGAUGAUGAUCGUGAUGAGGGUUCAGAUGUUGCUUCCAGUGCUUUUAUGGAGAUGGCUAACCAUUAUGCAUGUGACACCGAGUACAUACUCCGAUUCUAUGGGCGGGAAAGCGACAUUACUUACAUGUACAUGUGUUUUGAAAAAUGGGAGUGCAGCAUAGGAGACCUGAUUAGAUUUUGUUCAAGUGAAGUAGCAGUGGCCAGAGAAUCUCUAGCUGACAAGCAGAUCUCUUUUCUAAAGGAGUUUAAGAGCAAGAAUAAGCUGUGGGAAGAAGGAACGGGGUAUCCAACAAGUCUCCUCGUAUCUCUCAUCAGAGAUUUGGUUCAGGGUGUUGCGGAUAUGCACGAUAUGUGUUAUAUCCAUGGCAAUCUGAACCCCGAGACCGUCCUUAUAGUAUCUAAGGAUAAUGGUGAUCAUGUAGCUGCAAAGAUCGGUGAUCUUAGCUUGAGCAGGCAUCGCACUAACAAAUCCAUGAGUGUAACAGGGAUUUGGCCAGACCCAGAGCAAACUCCUCGUAAGUCGUCGAAGACAACCUAUCAAGGGAUUGAAGACGAUGUUUACGCACUUGGUCUCACUAUGGUAUACAUGCUAGCGCGUAGACCUUUGUACAAAGAUGAAGCAGAUUUCAAGACAAGAACGAUGGACCAGACUACUGUUUACCAACUUAAACUUCUACCACAAGAAGCUUAUUAUCUUUGGAAGGCGCUGGCUAAUUUCAACUACGAGCUCCGUCCGACUGCAAAAGAAGCUCUUGCUCAUCCGUUCUUUUGGACGCAAGAUAAGAGGAACCUUCUUUUAGAGCGAGCUAGUGAAAGCUUUCGGACAAUGAAAACCCAAAGUAAGGAGUACGCAAGCUUAAUAAUGUUGGUGAAUAAGAGCGAAAAAGAGGUUUUCAAGGGUAUAAAAUAUGAAUGGGAUGAGGUACUAGAUGAGAAAUUAGUAUCUUUCAUGGACGAGAAAGAAGCAGAGGAAAACGGUCCUCGCUACAACCGUCGACAUUUGAUUGAUUUGGUACGGUUCGUGCGUAAUACUCUUGUACACGUAAAAGAAGAGAAAUUUCCUGGCGAUGUCAAGGCCAUCGUUGGAGGCAGCCGAACGAAAGUGGGGGAAUAUUUUGCAAGAAAAUUCCCAUGCUUGCUGAUGGAAGUUCAUAUGAUCACCAGGAAUCUCUUCAGUAAGCAUGAAGAUUUCCAAACCUUCUUUGAAAAAGCUUAAGGAAAAGCGGAUGAACAUGUGGAGGAAUUGGUGGGGGGGAGAGAGCACAAACAAGCCUAGCUCCAAGUUUGUCUGUUAUUGAACAAGUCUUCUGAGUAUGCUCAGAUCUUUGUUAUUUUGCAUUGCUUUCAUCUUAUUUAAGAUAACAUUAUUAGACCUGAGUUUUUCUAAGAUUUAAGCAAAAAAAAACUUUUCAGUAGCAGACUUGUUAUCGUGUUCUGUUCUAGGCCAUAUUUACCCAAGUCUCUGAUAUUUGUCCAGCAACAUAGUCUCCAUUACCCAGCAAUGGGGAAGGAGAAAGAGUGUUCACCCAGUACUUGUUCCACAGGAGACCCAGAAGGUGACUAUCAA